AUUUUAAUUGCAAACUGUAGUAUUAAUUUAGACAUUAAAUGUUUUUAAUGCAGAAAGUGUGGCAGGGCUAAGCUAUUCCGGGGGUGGUUCAUCUGCUGCAAAUCAAAAACAUUAUUAAAUGAAUAAAAAUCGGAAUUAAACGUUUAUUUUAUACAAUAAAAAUGUUGCGCUCAUUAAUUGUUGAUUUAAGUAAACUGCGACUUAGUCCAGUCGUGGUUACACAAGUGCGGGAAAAAGGACAUUUAACAAGACCGCGUUUGAGAAACCCCUACUGGUUUGUACGCAAAGAAAGAUUGGCUCGUGAUACAACCGUGACACCAGAAAACAAAACUUUUCUCCAAGAAGUUAUAAAAGAUAAAUAUGGGCCACCUGCACUUAUAAAAGGCAUACCUUCUUAUGAUCAAUCAGCUUUAAUCAAAACAGAACAAUUCGAGAGGCAGCCGUGGCAUGAAAAGGCACGCCGUUGUGGCCUAAUUGCCCGUAAGAUUGGUCAGUAUCCGCUUUGGUUAAAAAAUGGUGAACGUAUACGGACCACACUUUUACAAGUUGUUGAUAAUCAUGUAAUACGUUAUAUACCACCACAAGAGUAUCAGCCAGCGCAGCGGCCAAGCGUUGUGAAUCUAAACAAAUAUGGUUGCCUUUUGGUAGGAGCCGAAUCGGUAGAUCCUUCAACACUAACUAAAGAGUAUUGCGGUUUGUUUAAAGACUCUGGGGUGAUGCCGAAGCGCAAUUUGGGACGUUUUAUUAUUUCACCAGAGGCAGCGAUACCAGCGGGUACGCCUUUGAAUGUAGCACACUUUAGAGUUGGCGAUUUCGUUGAUGUACGCGGCAAAACAGUCGAUCACGGUUUCCAGGGUGUGGUGAAACGGCAUGGCUUUAAAGGUAUGCCGGCUUCUCAUGGUGUAACAAAAACACAUCGUCGUCCUGGUAAUAUAGGUGGUGGUGGCGAGAAAGGUCGCGUUUGGCCCGGUACAAAAAUGCCAGGACAUAUGGGUAAUCGUUGGCGUGUAGCGAAGGGUAUGCGAAUUUGGCGCAUCAAUACAAAAUACAAUGUUAUGUGGGUACAAGGUAGCGCAAUACCUGGUCCAACCAACGGACUUGUUUACAUUUAUGAUACUAUUUUACCGCUACGAAAGCAUAAAACUGCACCGCCUUUCCCCACAGCUUUCGAGGAAGAACUGGAGGCCUUGACUGGUGGAAGAGACGAUGUUUGGUAUGAGGAUGUACAUGAUUUUAAAAAUGAAACAAUUACUUUCCAACCAGAUAAGAAUUAAGUGAAAUUUUAUAUUAGCCCAAAGCUUUAUUGCAAACAUGCAAAGUAAACCGAUAAACAAAAAUAACACCGUUAAUAUAUGUACAAACAUAAGUUUUAAAACAAA